AUGAGACGUUCACCACUACUGUCAGGAGAGGUUGAGAGUCGAACAGAAGUGAUGAGAAGGAAGCUAAGAAACAGAAAGGGGGGGGCCACGCUGGGAUAGUCCCAGGCGCGUGACAAUGUACAUCCCUAAGUCAGCCGCGGGUGAAAUCGCCGGCGCGCCUAAGUCCCCACCGCAAGGGGGCGGGCUAGCGGGCGCGCGCAUGAAUCCGCCGGCGCUGGCGCGCUGAGGCAGUCGCGCGCGUCUAAGUCCCCACCGCCGGGGGCGGGCUAGCAAGUGCGCGCAACGACCGAGGCGCCCCUGUCGAGCUGAGAGUGGACUCUUCACACGCACCGUCGUCCAUACAGAAGAUGGUUGCCGCUGGUUUGCUGGAAGGUCUCGGGGCCGGAUAUAGUGACGAAGAGGUAGAGAAGUUUGUCUGCAAUGCUUGCCUCAGUGCAAAGGGCCAUCGUCUUCCUUUUCCCGAUUCGGACUCGCACUCCUCAGAGAGACUCGGCCUCGUACACAGCGAUGUGCUUUCCUUUCCCGAGUCGUCCUUGACUGGCAAGCGUUACCUGGUCACGUUUCUUGACGACUUCUCGCGCAAACUGUGGGCAUACGCGAUCGGACACAAAAGCGAAGUCUUUGGCGUGUUCAAGACAUGGCUUGCCGAGGUCGAACUCGAGACGGAUGCAAAACUGAAGGUCCUCCGAACCGACAAUGGUGGCGAAUACUGUUCGAGAGCGUUCACGGAAUUCUGUAAGGCACGCGGCACACGUCGACAAUACUCUAUCCCUCGAACGCCUCAACAGAACGGUCGUGCCGAACGAGUCAAUCGUUCUAUCGUCGAAGGUGUCCUUGCCCUCCUUGCAGACGCCCACUUACCCAAAUCAUUCUGGGAGGAGGCAGCAGCUUAUUUCGUCUACUGCAAGAACCUGUGCGAACACUCGGCCCUGGACAAGGCAACACCGAACUUCGCCUGGCAGGGCGACCGCACCAACGCCUCGGCGCUUCACCCGUUCGGCUGCACGGCUUGGCUCACAGUCGCGCCUGAACUUCGCUCGAAACUCGACCCGAAAGCGGUUCGCGUUCUCUUCACCGGCUAUGACCUGGCUUCUAAAGCCUUCCGUUUCUACGACACGACGACCAAGAAGAUCAGUUUGGGCAGAAAUGCCAGGUUCCUCGACAACGAAUUUCCCGGGUUACGUAGCGACUCCACCGAGCAAGACGCCGACACGCACUUCGCCAGCGCUUGCCCGACCACCGAAUCCCAAGCCGUUGUCAAGACAUGGACCCCACUAGUAAGGUCGGCGCACAUGGACGUCUCAUCCUCUCUUGAUGACUCUGCCAUGAGCGCCGUUGACGUGGCCCCAGGGUACACUGGCGGAACCUUACUUAAUUCCACAGAUGCCGAAUCGUCCUCGUCACCGUCUCCUGAGCCGUCCUCGUCACCGUCGCCCGCAACUCCCUUGUCACCGUCGCCUGCGCUGUCACCGUCGUUGGCUGCGUCAUCGUCACCCUCGGCCUUACCGACCGACUCUGACUACUCCGCCGACCCUCUGGACCUCAUCGGCUCACAGACCCCGACUCGCCUCGGCCCACCGGACGUGCACCGCCCAGACUUCAGCACGUACCGUGAGCCCGCAUCGGCUGAGGAGUCGCCCGACGAACUCGACAUCAUUGGGCGCCACUCGCGCGAUGAAUCGCCGGACGAAAUCGAUUUCCUCACCCAACACCACCGCGCCUUCAUCGCCACCGACGACGACAACUCUGACACAGAAGCCAUUCAACCAGUCAAGUCCAUCACCAGCGACCCACAGACAUGGCGCGAGGCAAUGUCGAGUGACAAGCGCGAAGUGUGGGCCAAGGCCGCUACCGACGAGUUCAAUUCCAUGCGCGACGACUUCAAGGUCUUCACCAUCGAGGACCGAUCCACGGUACCAGCGGGUGCGACCAUCGUCACAUCCAAGUUCGUCUGGAAAACGAAACGGAAUGCACUCGGCGAAGUCACCGGCCACAAGGCACGGCUCGUGGCGCAGGGAAAUCGGCAACGCGACGGCAUCGACUUCAACGAAACCUUCGCACCAGUCGCACGCUUCUCCUCGAUACGCUCACUCCUCGCGCUGGCGGCCGCCAACGGCUUGCACGUGCACCAGGCGGACAUCGACAAAGCCUAUCUGCAUGGCGACCUUGACCAUGACAUCUGGAUGACGACACCGCGCGGCUUCGACCUUCCCACCGACAAGGUGCUUCGUCUGCGACGCUCCAUCUACGGACUCAAACAGGCUGGCCGAAUCUGGAAUCGACACAUCGACGCAUCGCUUCGAGAUCUCGGCUAUACGGCGACGGGCACCGACCACUGCGUGUACUCUCGGAUCGACGAUCGGCGACGCCCACACUACAUCGCGCUGUACGUCGACGACCUCCUGAUGAUCAGCCCCGACUUGGCCGAAAUUGAACGUGUCAUCUCGGGCCUCGAACAACGCUACGGCGUCAAGCGCCUCGGCCCGGCAGAGUACAUCCUCGGCAUCCAGAUCAGGCGACUCGAAGACGGUUCUAUUGCCCUGUCCCAGGAACGGUACAUCAUGGACGUGCUUGCUCGGUUCCACUUCGACACCACGACUCGCGGCACUACAGUCCCGAUGACCCCCGGCCUUUCGCUCACCGCCAUCCCGGGUCAAGGCACCGAACGGAUCAGGUCAUGGUAUCUGCAGGCUAUCGGCUCGCUCCUCUACAUUUCGCUCGGCACCCGCCCCGACAUCGCCUUCGCCGUGUCCUACCUGGCCCGCUUCGCCAACAACCCUGGACGUCGUCACUGGAUCGCGGUCAAGCACAUCCUCCGCUAUCUCCGGGCCACAUAUCGCGACGAACUGGUUUAUGCUUGCGGCGAGACACGCAUCACGGGCGUGGUUGGCUACUCCGACGCGAACUGGGGGGCCUGCGUCGAUACGUCGGUGUCCACUAUGGGCUACGUCUUCUACAUUGCCGGAUCCGCCGUGUCUUGGUCGUCCAAGCGUCAAUCUCGAGUUGCCGAUUCUACCACCGACGCUGAAUACCUCGCCCUCUCGCAUGCUGGCAAGGAAGGGAUCUACCUCAGUCAGCUGCUCGAGGAGCUCCAUGUCCAACCUGUUGCACCGGCUCACAUUUUUACUGACAAUGAAGCCGCUGCCGCAGUUGCCCACGACCCUGUCCGCGUCUCCGGCACUCGACACAUACGCUUGCGCGAGCACUUUGUUCGGGACAUGGUGAAUCGGGGCGAUAUCUCACUCUCGCAUGUGGGAACCAGCAACAUGGUGGCCGACAUCUUCACAAAGGCUCUUGGCCCAAAGAUUUUCUCGACACACUGCUACGCACUAGGCCUUCGCACUCGACACCCACGGCUUGGAUCUGCCUCGCAUUCGCGUGGGGGGGGGUGUGAAGAGUCCACUCUCAGCUCGACAGGGGCGCCUCGGUCGUUGCGCGCGCCUGCUAGCCUGGCCCCUGUGGUGGGGACUUAGGCGCGCGCGAGUGCCUCAGCGCGCCGGCGCCGGCGGUUUUCGGGCGCGCGCCGCUAGCCCGCCCUUGCAGUGGGGACUUAGCCGCGCGCGACUGCCUCAGCGCUCCAGCGAUUUCGCCCGCGCCUGGGCAUAUCCCAGCGCGGGCCACCUUUCCAUUUCUUAGCUUCCUUCUCAUCACUUCUGUUCGACUCUCGACUUCUCCUGACAGUAGUGGUGAUCAUCUCAUAGGUACGCUGAAAUACAUCACUUCUGUUCGACUCUCGACUUCUCCUGACAGUAGUGGUGAUCAUCUCAUACUUCCCACCGGCCUGGUCAGCUAUUUCUUGGAUCGUUUGCCCUCCCUCUUCUGUCCGACCUCGUUGGCUACCAUAGUUCGGUACACUGGACUUGCUGCGAGCCUUGCAGCCGCGUAUCCUCCGCGGUUGCCUCUCGGUCGACUGCCGCCGCCUCGGUCGACACCCCCUUCGCUCCUUCGCGCUUUCGCGCGCUCUCUCGCUCUCUCCCUCGUCUCUCGCGUGUAGUCAUCGUCAUCCCCUCCGACGUUGCCUGUCAUUCCAGCCGUGUCUCCCGUUCGCCAAGAUCUUUUUUGACGAUGUCCACGUCCAUUCCGAUACCCAUCGCGCGCACUUGAGACACAUCAAGAUCCUGCUGAUGACAUUGAGACAUUACCGGUUCUACUUAGGAUCCAAGAAGUCCGAGUGGUUCUCAAAGUCGUUGGAUUCCUUGGGCACCAUCAUUUCCGACGUCGGCAUCGAAGUCGACCCUGCCAAGUGGGAGCGUAUCCGUCAGUGGCCGAUCCCUUGCAACAAGACCGAUGUCCAGCGCUUCCUCGGCACCGUCAAUUGGAUGCGAGAUCACCUACCGCACCUCUCGACGAUCUUGGAGCCGAUCACCGCGUUGUUGGCGCAAUCGACCUCGUGGUGUUGGAACGAGUGA